UAUGUAUGUACGCGUCGCGCUCGCGACGGGAUUCUUCUUUGCAGAGUUAUAAUACCACAAAGGUCUUAAACCCACUUAUGUGUGCGUGUGUGUGUGUGCUUUAGAAAGUGUUUACCUUUAUGAAUAAAAAUGAAUCCGCCCAACUUAAUAACACAAAAAUGUCUUCAUCUUUUUGUGCUAUUAUUAAUACUACAAGUAAGCAACUAUCGGCCAGCAGCGGCUGCCUUAGGAAAGUCACAAAUGUGUGAAGUGGAAACUGGGCAGACAAAUAUUAUUCUGGAUAUUGAAGAAAGUCGUAAUGGCUCUGUUGACCAAAAAACAACGCCUCCUGAGCUGCCAAUUUUUGGGGAUCCCUACAUGGAUAUAGCUCUUGAUUUAAUAUUCCCAAAAGGAAAUCCAGCGUUUAAACUAAAUGGAAAGAAACUGCAGUUGUUGCAGCCACUGGAUCGAGAUGAAGAAAAUCUCAGUCACAUUGUCUUCCAAGUGUCAUGUACAAUACGUUCUUCCAAUAGAAAACGUAAUAUACCAAUUAUUGUGCGAGUGUCCGAUGUCAACGAUAAUUCGCCCCGUUUCCUCAACACACCCUAUGAAGUAACAGUGCCAGAGAGCACUCCGGUGGGCACGACUAUAUUUCGCAACAUACAAGCGGUAGAUAUAGACGCAGGAGUUAAUGGUCUGGUUGAAUACUUUAUAGUGGCUGGCAAAACAAACGGCACCGAAGAUGAAAGACUGACGAGUGCAGAUGGAUAUGGGACUUUUGAUAUAUCAUAUCCUCAUCAAGGACAGGUCACUGUAGCCAAAAGCUUGGAUUAUGAAAAAAUACAGCGGUACUAUCUGACCAUUAUUGCAUCGGACCGAGGACGUAACGUAUCGGAGCGGUUGUCUUCGACCACCACUUUAACGGUCAAUAUAGCGGACUCCGAUGAUUUAGAUCCGUCCUUCAUCUACCGUGGCUGCUUUCUAAUCGAAGGUGCUUGCAUUAAUCCCGAAUACACAGCCGCCGUGCCCGCAGGCUCACUACAAGGGGUGCUAACAGUUCUGCCCGAGCGUAUUCAGGCCGUUGAUCUUGACACUAUAAGCUCACGUAUACGUUACAGCUUUGCUAAUGGCAUGCCAGGAAACUAUGCAGACUACUUUGAGAUUGAUGAAGAAACAGGCAUUUUGAAACAGAUCAAAGCUGUGGAUACCUCUACCGCUAAGAGGUAUGACAUCAUAGUGCGCGCUGAGGAAAUAUCUCCAGCUCGACGAUUCACCACAGCCAAGCUAUCUAUAGAUGUGAAACCUGUAGACGCAAGUCCUCCUGUUAUAUCCUCGAGUGCAGUCGAUGGCUAUGUAGACGAGAACUCUCCAAUAGGUACGAAGAUUGUGGACGCAAAUAAUGUGCCUAUCAUGUUCCAAACUACGGAUGCGGACUUGGGCGAGGGUGAUCCAAAACCCAAUUACAUUUAUGAGCUGACUACGCCGUCGUUUAAUGUUACUUUUAAUGGAAUACUGGUGGUCAACCAGGAGGGAUUGGACCGCGAUCCACCCUCUCCAGGGCGGUACACGUUCCAGGCAGUCGCACGCGAGCCACGUACAAACGCGGCCAGCGCACCGUUGAGCCUCACCGUACAUCUUCGCGAUAUAAACGACAAUGCACCGAAGAUAGCCAUGAUAGCCCCUGUUUCAUUAAAUGCGGGUGAAGAAAAACGGAAGGUCACACGAGUGACGGCGACGGACAACGACGAUGGCGUCAAUGCAGAGAUAACUUAUUCCAUCUACCAUGUGUCCAACAAUGGUAAGCAAAAGUUCACCAUAAAUCCGCAUACGGGGGAUAUAGAAACGCAAGGACGCUUCUCUACGGGCGAGCAGUACAGCAUAACAGUACAGGCUACCGACAUCGGUGGACUCUCGUCCCAAGCCAUUGUGGAGAUAAGUGUGGUUCCGGGACCGAAUACGAAGCCUCCACGUUUCCAGAAAAGCAUAUACGAAGUACACGUCAGCGAAGGAGCUGAAAUAAACUCGACAGUAACCGUCGUGCAUGCUGAUGAUCCUGAGAAUGAUCCCGUUAUCUACUCAAUCAUAUCGGGCAACGAUUUACGGCAGUUCGCUGUAGGUCAAGAGACCGGCGUCAUAAUGGUGAUACGCACAUUGGAUCGCGAAAGUCUUACCCGCUACCAAUUGAUCAUAAAAGCGGAAGAUAACGGAGGACUUUCCAGCAGUGCGACAGUGAAUAUCAAAGUUACCGACAUCAACGACAAAAAUCCAGAAUUUGACCCUUCUACGCUGCCAUAUGUAUUUACUGUGGACGAAGGAACGGCCGACGCAGUUGUGGGUAUAGUUCAUGCCUCGGACGCUGAUGAGGGCAUCAACGCAGAAAUCACAUAUUCAAUACCAUCGGACAUACCCUUUGCCAUAAAUAAUAAAUCGGGAGAGAUACGAACUAGCACGCAGCUAGAUUUUGAGCGACAGCACGAAUAUAGAUUCGUUGUGACUGCGAAGGAUGGUGCACCAGAUGCCCGUCUGGGCACGGCAAGUGUGACGGUACUGGUUCGUGAUCUACCUGACGAAGUUCCUAGGUUCAGCGAUGCCCGUAUCGUUGUGCGCAUUCCCGAAAACGAACCCAAUUUUCUGGUUGCUACUGUACAAGCCAAUGAUCCGGACUCUACUCCGGAGAUAACAUACUUCAUACGCAAAGGCGAGACGGAGCUGUUUAAGGUAGCGCCCAAGACUGGAGAAAUACGCACUACCAAAGGUCUGGAUUACGAAAAACAACGGCAACAUGAGCUAAUCAUUGGUACUAUCGAAAAUGACGGCGAUGGUCCCGGAGAUACGAUACGGCUUGUUGUAGAGGUUGAGGAUCGCAACGAUGUACGGCCGGUGUUUAUUUCAAUGCCCGAGCCUAUAACAAUAAGUGAUGAUCAGGCUAUAGGUGCGAUUAUAGCAACAGUACCGGCCGUAGACGCCGAUGGCACAUCACCUGGCAACGUAGUGCGCUACGAACUAGUGGGUCGUGGCAAAGCCCUUAAGUAUUUUCAGGUCGAUCCGGACACUGGCAUCGUACGCAUACGUGACGAUUUACGGAAGCAGACAGAUACGGAAUAUCACGUGGACAUACGCGCCUAUGACUUGGGUGAACCACAAUUGAGUUCAAUGGCUACCGUUCCUGUUUUCGUCCGGCCCUCGAUUCUGGAUCCCAACGAAGAGAACAUGAUGGACAGUAAAAUGGACAGCGGCCUAAAAUCAGAUUCCGAGCACAUGGAACUAGCAUUUAGUGACGAUAGCUAUACGACAGACGUGCCCGAGUCAACAAGUGUAAACACUACAUUGAAACUUGUGCAGAUUAUAAAUUCGCGUAAUGCUCCAAAAUACAAAUGCGAGAUUGUGGAAGGCAAUGAACAGGGCGUGUUCAAUGUGACGCUAGAGAAUCAUGCCUGCGGUAUUGUGCUCGCCCGAUCGUUAGAUUUUGAAAAUCAAACGGUUUACACAUUGAAGCUUCAGUUGAGCUCCCACAAGUAUUUGGUGAACUCGCAAAAGAAUCAGGCAACAGUCAAGAUCAUUGUGCAGGAUGUGAAUGACAACGCGCCAGAAUUUAUAUUCAAUCGACUACAUGGACGAACGGAUACUUUCUACGCCGUCGUUACAGCCGAAAUGGACAUAGACACGCCUAUUUUGGAGGUACGUGCCACUGACCGCGACUCAGGAAAAUUCGGAAUGCUACGCUACAGCAUCUACAAAGACGAUGAUGGAAGCACCAACGAUAACGACGACCCCACAACCUGUUUUAUGAUAACCGAAGAUACGGGUGUUUUGCGAACGACCAAACUUUUCCGCGAUGGAGCACACUUUCCAAUGAUAUUUUUUGCAGAAGUUCGCGACAACGACGGGCUGGAGCUGAACUCGCACCGAACGCGAGCUCGCAUCGUGGUUAAUCUACUGACAGAUCUCAACCGUAUGACUCUAGCCUUUUCGGAUGCAGCACCCAACCAGCUGCGCAGCCACUUUGCCGCUUUGGAAGAAGUGAUCGAGGAAAAGUCGAAAGGGCUGAUCAGUGGAAUUGAGCGCUUCAGCAAUAGAAAGUUCCUGUUGGACAAUGGGACAGUUAUGGAAAAUGCCACAGCCACAGACGUGUGGUUUUACUUAAUCGACCCCAAGACUGAGCAGCUGCUGAUGCGCAACGAUAGCGUCGUCCAGCAGUUCUUACCGGAUCUUACAUAUGCGGCGUCGGGAGUUGCACACGCAACUGCAGAAGGAAUCUAUGGGCCGAUUAACAUAAAACACCAAAUCCACAGAGUCAAGGCGACCAUGGCUAUUGAUAAUGAAAUCUUUCCCUACACGCUCAUUGCCAUAUCCAUUAUUAUAUUGGUUUUGGGCACCAUUGGCAUCGUGUAUAUAUGUUCAAGUUGGUCCAAAUACAAAAACUUUAAGCAGCGCAUAAGUCAUUACUCGGCUCCUAGUACCACGCGCUAUGAUCCCGUGAUUGUUAACUCGCAAACCUUAAACGCUGGCGAUAUUGUGGCUAAUAUGAAGGAGUAUGAAACUCAAAUGCUGGCAAUGGCAGUGCCGAUUGAUGGGGACGAUGAUCUGCAAAUUGACUUCAGUGCCAAGAAUCACGCUUUCUCGCUAGACAACGUUAGUUAUAUUACGCACAAGGAAAACAAAAGCGGUGGGCAAUCUAGUCCCACUCACUCAGAUGCCGCUACUGCCACCUUUGCGACUCUGCGUCGUCAUAACAACCUUAACAACAUGAAUAGUAAUAUGACUAUGAAUAAUCGUCAAAACACCUUUCAUCGAAAUAACGCAAACCCACUGGCCUCUCCAAAUAACGGCACAUUACCGGGCACAUUGACUCUGGGACGAAUCAAGCACAUAAAUAGCAACAACUAUCAGAAUAACGGCUUUAAAUCGGAUACUAUGAGCCGCAACAAUCUUGAGAACUCGCAAAACAAUUCAUACAGCACAAUGGACAGACGUUCCAACACCUUUGGCGGCGUGGGAGCUCUCAGUGCUAUAACUGCCAAUACAGGAAAUGAUGGCACCCUAGGUCGGAACAAUCAACACAAUGGCCCGAUUUAUCCAAAUUUUAACAGCUCCCAUGGUGAUCUGAGCCUUACAAACGAAAAUGUCACCUUCGGAAAGCGGAGCUACGGUCAGAUGGGAUUCUCAUAUCUUAACGACUUGGAUAGGUCAGAGGUGGAAACCACAACGGAGCUAUAAGCAAUAAAAUGCAAAGCUAAAAGCAGUGCUUCGUUAGAGUUAAAGGUAUCCAAGUGGCGUACAAUUACGCAUGCAUGUACAUAUUUAGGUACAUAUUUCCGUUCACAUACUAUAUGUGUGUAUGUAUCAAAUGUCCGCAUGAAUUUAUUCAAAACGACAACUGAAAUAUUUGUACUCAAAAAGAAUGAAUUGCCAUAUAGAGCUCACUCAUAAUUGGUUCCCCAUGUACGCACAAUAUUCGUAUGUCCUCUAAUGAUCGCUCAAAUCAAUGGGUUCUAUGAGCAUGACAUUAAAAAGUAUUCUGUGUUGCUCAAAAUAUGGAUGAAUUCAUGCAGACUAUUUCUACAUUAGCGGUAAUCUUGCGAGUGAUUUAUAUUUGUAAAUGAUUUCGUUUCACAAAAGUAACUUGUUGCCCCAUUUCAAUGUUAUAAAAUACGCAUGAAAGUGUUCUCUGCAGAAACGACUCUGGACUAACUUUUGGCUUGAUUGCAUUUAAGAAGGAAACCAUCCUCGACAGUUUCAUUUUACCACAUCCUUUAGGCAUUCAAUUAGUUAGAUCAAUAUUUGAAAAAUCGAAAUCACUCGCAGAACUACCGCCACUAUUGCUUACUCUACUUGUUAAACAUAUGUAGGUAAUUUCUAAUGUAGUGAAUUUUUAACAUUUCCCAUUUUAAACUAAUGUCCAAAAGUUAAUAUUUUUGCUAGCUUGUAUAUUUGCCAUUAAAUGAU